CUUCGUCUUUAACACUUAAUUGUAAUGUUUUGUUCGUCUUCUCUUGCCAUAUCCUAUCCUACCUACCUGAUUCUUUUCAUGAUUGUCUUGUUAUUUUUGAGAACAAUGGUGUAACACACUUCUUUUUUACUCCUUUUUUGCAGUCCCAGCCAUCAUGCACGACCAUGAUCAAAACCCAUGUGGCACGAAUUGUUGUAUCCGGCGGAGCUCUAUCCCCUUCUUCUUUUUCUUCAUCUUUUUUUCUUUCCCUGCCAUAAUUGAGCCCAGCCCCCCUUCCGCAUUGUGCGUUUUACUCGAUUCUUCGCUUUCUCCCCUUCUCAGCCGAGGAAGGGACUUUAUGUAUUCUUACUGGCCUCGAUAUUCUUCACUUCUUUGUCUAUUCUUGGAUCUUCUUUCUGCCAUUCGCAGUUUACCUACCUACCUACUUUCUUGCCCAUGAUUAGCGUUGGUUUCUUUGCAGUCUUUUUUCUGUGAUAGAUACGUGGCAGGUUGUUCUGUGGCAUUUUAUAUAUAUAUAUAUUAUUUACAUACGGAUAUAUA